AUGGCUGAAAUCGCUGGCAACUUGCAAAGGAUCCUUCAAUCUCUUGACAGGCAAUUCGCGGGCAACAAAUACCUGCAGGAGUUUGAGCGCAAGACUGGGUUUCCCAAGUCGUAUGCCAUUGCCGGUGCAGGUGUGGCCUACUUGUUCAUUAUCUUCAUCAACGUCGGCGGAGUUGGGGAGAUCCUAUCCAACUUCCUGGGCUUUGUGUUACCAUGCUACUACUCGCUCCAUGCCAUCAAGACGACCACUACCGCGGAUGACACGGAAUUGUUGACAUACUGGAUUGUCUUUGCGUUCUUCAGUGUCAUUGAGUUCUGGUCCAAAGCGAUCCUAUACUGGGUACCAUUCUACUGGUUUUUCAAGACCAUAUUCCUAAUCUUCAUUGCUCUUCCUCAGCUUGGCGGCGCGAGUCUAAUUUACCACAGAGUUAUCGCGCCAUUGACGGAUCCAUACAUCGCUGCUGGUUCUCAGCGCAAGGCUAGUGGCAUCUCCUCUAAAAUGGAGCAGGCGGCCAAGGGCGCCUCUGCACGGGCAACCGGCGCUGCGUCUCACCAAUCCAGCGACUGA